UUCAGUUCAUGGUUCUGGAGAUUCACUUUAUGGAGAUGGCUUUGCGUUCCAUUAUGCUAAAGAGAAAAUGGAAUUCGGUAAUAAAUUGAGUUUAUUUAGUAAAUUUCAUUAAAUCUAUGGAUGUGGAAAGUUCAUAUGAUAAAUUUAUGCACAAAUGUUAUUUGUAUUGUUUAGGUCCUGUCUUUGGAAGCAAAAAUUUCUUCUCAGGACUUGCUGUUUUCUUUGACACUUAUAGUAAUGCAAAUGGUGAUAACGCUGCAGACCACCCUUAUAUAUCAGCUAUGGUAAACAAUGGUACCUUAAACUACGACCAUAAUCGUGAUGGUGCUUAUUCACAAAUACAGGGCUGCUCGGCUUCUUUUCGCAAUAAUGGAGCGGAAACAUAUGCUUUGAUUCAGUACUUGGGUAGCAAAGAAACUUUAACAGUUAUGACAGACAUUGAUAGUGAUGGUGAAUGGAAAGCAUGUCUUCAGGUCUCUGGUAUACGACUUCCGACUUCAUAUUUCAUUGGUCUUAGCGCUGCUACUGGCAAUUUGGCAGAUAAUCACGACAUCGUCGGUUUGAAAUUCUACGAGUUGGAAGUUGAGAAAGAUGAACAAACAGUUAGAAGUACGGAAAACACCGAUGAUAUUGUCCCAUUUGUAAAAACGGAAGCUGUUAAAGAGCCUGUCGAGAAUUCCCCGAAAGGACACUCUACACGGCGAAUGACGAAAGCGUUCACGUGGUUUUUCUGGAUUUUGGUGGUCGGUGUCAUUGUUUGUGUGGUCGGAUUUUUUGUAUACAAGAAGCAACAGGAGGCUGCACGCAAACGAUUUUUUUAACGAAAUGAACAAAUAUCGCUUCUGCAUCGCUAAAAAUUUGUAAUCUUUAUACAAAAUGCCUCAAGACAGAUGGCGGCAUGUCUAUUUUACCAGAAUGCAUUUCAAUCUUCACACAAAACGGAUGAAUGUGUGUUUGUGCGUGUGAAUCUCGAAACGACGUCUGUUCAACAAUAUGUACGUCAAAUCGAAGUUGAAAUAUUCAUAACUUAUUGGAAAAAUACUCAUCCGCCAUCUGCAGUUAAUUUCACAAUCGAAAAGUUACAAAUUGUUGCGUUUGAAUUGCCACAUUGUUUGAGGCAACAACACACUCACCGCCUGUUGUAGCUCUAUAAAUAAUUCAAAAUAAAUUAUCGCGGGAAUGCGGGCUCAAACAGGUCGUUGAACGACUAA